AUGGAGGACGAUUCUUUCGUCGACUUGACCGCACCGUCACCAAAUACGGCACCAGCUAGCGGUGUGAGGCCCGUAUCGCCAAUCUUGAGGACGUGGUCGUCUCAUGCCCACCAACCGUCAAGCUUUGGCCAACCUAGGGAGAGAGCCAAGCGCCGGAGGCUGGACAACAACGACGAUAGUAGUUCCAUAGCUGGGCCGUCUUCGCGAAACGAACCAAUGGCACAGAGUGGAAUUCCGGAUGAAAUUGAGGCCGUCGAUUUAACAGAAGUUGAUGACUCGUCAUCACUGGCACGUAUUCUUGCCAAACAGCGUGAAGAUGCCAUCCUGGCUCAGAAAAAGACAAGUGACCAAGGCAGACGAUCUACGUUGACAGCGUAUAAAUGUCCCGUUUGCAUGGAUGUUCUUGAGAACGCUACAACCACUAUAUGUGACACUCUUAAAUACAAUGAAGCUCGCCGUGCACUUGAAGGUGCUGGUAAGGGAGCGCGGGGGAGCUGCCCAGUCUGCCGCAAAUCCAUAUCCAGGGCGGAUACGCCUGGGCCUAGGCGGAACCUUGUUCCUCUUCAGUUCAAAUUAACAACUAGAAAAAAGAGUUGA